CUGAGGCUCAUGCAGUAGAAGAGUGUCUCAUAGCGGCCAACAUGAGGAGAAGGAGGAGGAGAAGAGGUACCCGGACAGGUAGGAAGCCUGAAAGCUUUUGUUUUGGAAGAUUCCAGGUCAGUUUAGAUCAGCUGCUCACACACUGGUCAAACUCCUGCAGCCACAGUUUACAGGUUAUUGUGAGAAACUCAACUUAAACCAACCCAGAGCUGCAGAGAAGACAGAGUUUAUACAGGUGUGCAGAGACAGAGCAAGUUUACAGAAACUGAGCUGUAGCAGGUAAAACUAGAUUUACAGGGGGUUGAGCAGAGACUGUGAGAAUAGGCCCCUGGUCAACACAUUUGGUGAGCACUGAGGGUUGUCAGCUGGGCAGAUCUCAUUAGUUAACCAUGACCCUCACUUGAACCCUAACUUAAAUGGCUGCUGUAAAAUUCAAAAUGCAGAACGUAGUGGUUUACCAGACUCAGACAGUUUUGGGAAAAAAUUAAACCAGUGACGAUUAAUGACAACUUAUUUUCCAGUCUAGUAUGUUCAGAUGACUGUACUGUUGAAAAUCACAGUAAACUGUCCUUGAUUUAAAAAGUAGUUAGGAUCCAAAAGUUGUCAUUUCAAGACACAGACAGAAGAUGAGGCUGUCCCGCAGCCAACACAAUUCCUGUGUGUAGCACAGGCAAUCUCUAACUGCUGCUUUGGGGUCUGAUCCAGUUUCAAGACAGCCUUAGCCUGUCAAACUCAAUCCAUGGUAGACCGCUCUGUUGUUCUCACUGUGUAAAUACUGAAAAUCAUAGUGCUCCUCCACAGUCGUUUAAGUGUGUGAGCUGGACAUUUUUUUUUUCUUUUAGCUGUAGGUAGGUGGGUGUUUGGGAUUAUCUCCAUAUUUUUGUUGUUUAUGAUGAAUUUUGUUUUGUGUUGAUUAAUGAUAUGACCUCUGUAAGCCUGUGUUGAUGUAAAGUGUUUAGAAACCAGCCGGGUAACAUCAGUACCAGCUCCUUCCUGCAGGUGUGACUGUGUUUGUAAGUGUUUUUGCUGUGAUAAAGAAAAAUGAUCCUGUAAACUUCAGCUGUGUCUAUGAUGGAACAGAUAAAAACAAACUUUUAUUGACUUUCAGCCCAUGUUCGAUCUUCAUCAUUUUACAAUAAAAAAAUUGUUGUUAUAGAUUUAAAACAACAACAACAGUGCUAUUAUUUUCAGAUUUUUGAAUGGAUUUGUGUUAUUGCACAGUUAUGUCAGUGAAUUAUGUGCCAUUGUAUAUUUGUGUUGUUGUGAGAGAGUCUACACUUUUUUUCACAAUCAUAUAACAGGUAAUAAACCUUAAACAUACCCUACAAUAAAAAUUGUUAGCACAUCAAAAAUUGACCAUAAGCUUACCAUAAUCUUAACACAACCUUACCAAGGUUUUCCAUAAAUCUACCCUACGAAACCAAAAAUGUACCAUAAUGCAGUAUAAAAUAAGCAGAAUAUUACUGUAAAAAUAGAUAUACCAUGAGCUGUAAAUUUACCAAAAACUUAUCUUGAAUUUUAAACUGAACCAGCCAUAAAUCUACUGUGAACCUAUCAUGAGUUUAACCCAUAAAGAUUUUGUAUAUCAAGACUGAUUACAAUAAAGUUACCAUGUCCACACUGUAAAUUUACUACAAACAACAAACUGACAUAAAUUUAGGCUUAACCUACCAUCCAUUUACAAGGAGCCUUUUGUAAAUUAUAAAUACAUUCACAGUGAAUCUACCACAUAUUUGCCGUAAAUUAUGCUGAAUUUCCUGUAAAUUGACUACAAAUUAACACUACCAAAAGGUUUUACCCAAACAUUUUAAUAAACUCCCUACCAUGCUGACUUAAAUCUGGACAAACCAUGAUGCCAGAAUCGACAUUACAGAACCUUUACUUGCGUUUGGAUUUUAAAGUCUGAUUUUUGUCCCACCACUGAGGGGGCAGAGUUUAUGACCUAUACUACGGCAAGCGAACCCUAUAUAUUUAAUACAAUAAAUAAUGAAUAAACCCUGUAUAUUUAAUAAAGUAAAUAAUAAAAAUAAACUUUGUAUAUUUAAUAGAAUAAAUAAAAUAAACUCUGUAUAUUAAACAAAAUAAAUUAUAAAAUAAAACCUGUAUAUUAAAUACAAUAAAUAAUGAAUAAACCCUGUAUAUUUAAUAAAGUAAAUAAUAAAAAUAAACUUUGUAUAUUUAACAGAAUAAAUAAUAAAAUAAACUCUGUAUAUUAAACAAAAUAAAUUAUAAAAUAAACCCUGUAUAUUUAAUACAAUAGAUAAUAAAUAAACCCUGUAUAUUUAAUAAAGUAAAUAAUAAAAAUAAACUUUGUAUAUUUAACAGAAUAAAUAAUAAAGUAAACUGUAUAUUAAACAAAAUAAAUUAUAAAAUAAACUCUGUAUAUUUACAGAAUAAAUAAUGAAACUAGCACCUGACAGGGCACCAACAGGCCCGAGCAGUGUCACGCCACCACCUCUGUGGACCACCUCCCCCUUUUGUUCGUCUUGGGGUCCAACAUAAGUGUUAUUAUUCUAUAGGUUUGGGUCACACAGGGGCAUGCUUUAGAUUUUGAAUUUUUGUAGGGGCGCCAUGGAGCCAAUAUUAGUUGGAUCUCCUUUUUUACACUGGAACCCUUUUUUGUUUGUUUUGCGGUCCAACAUAAACGUCAUUGAUUCCAUAGGUUUGGGUCACACACAGGAGCAAGGCUUGCAUUUUAAAAUUUUGUAGGGGGCGCUAUAUAGCCAUUUUUGGUUGGAUCUCAAUUAAUCAAUCAAAUAACAACUUCAAACCAACCUUCAGAAAAGUAAGCACUUGGACAUAAAUCUGCAUAGCUAUAAUGACAACAAACAUCUCUGGUAACAUUAAGGAGGCGGACCUUAUGACCUAUUCUGCAGACAGCCAGUAGGGGGAGCUCUGAAUAUUUAGACUUCACAGUCUGUAAACACUUAUAGCGUCCAUUUUAGUAAAUAGUCUCUGGGCUUAACAUGUAACUGUGACUGGUGGCAGCAGGUCAUGUUGUUGUUUGUUGUUUUAAUCUUAAGAUCGACUGAAAAUCAUUCCCACAAGAAAAUGAUUACUAGAAAAAUAUGAUCUUGGCAAAAGAACACAGAAUUAUUUAUUGCAGGAUUAUGUGGAGGUGCAUUUCUGCUUAAGGCUUCUUUAUAUUGGACAAGGACUUGGUUGGGAAUCGAAACAAAAACUUCAGGGCUUGGACUUGACUUGGGACUUGUCUGUGUUGACUUGGACUUGACUUGGGACUUGACAGCAAAGACUUGAGACUCGACUUGGACUUGCAUUAUAGGGAGUUCCCCCCACCUCUGGCAGCGAGGUACAUGAUAGGAAACCUGAAGACAAGGAGAUGAUCGCAACUCUUAACCAACAGGGCAGAAUGUAAAUUAAACAGGACUGCAAGAACAGACAAGAAAACUACAUCAAGCUAAUCUUUUUUUUCUACUUGUGAUGUUGAGUGAAAUAGAUCUGUAGUUUAUUUUCAGUAGAAAGUAAAAAAUACAAGUCAUAUUAAACAGAACAGAAAAUAAUAAUACUAGGACAGUUUUAUAAUAAAUUUUAAAAGAAAACUAAGGAAUAUUUUGUAAUUGGUAACCAAUUGAAGUUAACAAGUGAAGAAUAUAUGAAAUAUAUUUACCUUUUUUUUGAAGAUGGUUUAUGAUGCAGGCUGCCCCCUCAGCUCCUCUCUGGUCUGGUCUGCUAUCAUCUGGUCUGGUCAGGUCACCUCCAGUUUGAUCUAGGCCUGUUUCAUUUCUAUAAUCGACAAAUAACUUGGGAGAAAAAAAGAAACGUUAAUAAAGAAUUUCAGAUACUUGUAGAAUGAUGUAACAGUUACACGUAAAUAAGAUAGAAUUUUCUUUCUUUCUUUUGAAGGUAGUUUACGAUAGCCUGGCUGGGCCAUCCUGUUGCGUCAGUCACUUGACGUUCCUUCCCACAACAGUCUGGACUUCGGCCCAUUGGGAUCCCUAAAAGUGGGCGGGAGUACUUUCCUUGAUAGACAGACUACUGUAACCAAUCACCGUAACCAUCAUCUGACAUCGUCACAGAUGCUUGGUUACGAUGAUUGGUUACAGUAGUACAUGGACCAAUCAGGGACUGCCUUUCCCUGUUGUCCGGGUAACAGUGAAAGCACAGUCUCUGAUUGGCCCGGUUAUUUUCUGAUCGGGAAUACACGCUCCCAAUGGGCCGAAGUCCAGACUGUUGUGGGAAGGAACGUCAAGUGACUGACGCAACAGGAUGGCCCAGCCAGGCUAAGUUAACGAUGCAGGCUGCCCCCUCAGCUCCUCUCUGGUCUGGUCUGCUAUCAUCUGGUCUGGUUUCCUCUCCUCUCUAAAAUCAAAUGACAAAUAAAAUACAACAUGAAUAAAUUGACCACAGCAGUGAGCAGAACAGUUUUCUCAGUAAAUCCAAAGAUUAAAAAAGUAAAUUACUCUUUUUUUUGAAUGGUUUAAAGUGCUCGCUGUCUCCUCUGGCCAUCUCUGAUCUGGACUCCUUCUCUCUUCCCUGAUGAAAACAAAUUAAAGAUAAAUUAAGACAACAGUAAAGACCUUCAACAACCAGGGGAAUCAUUUGAACAUUUCAGACUUUUGAUGAUAAGAAUAAUAAAAGUUGUAUGUUUUACCUUGGUGUCAUGGUGGUGCAGAAGUAAGCACUGGUGCCUCACAGCAAGAAGGUUCCUGGUCUGAAUCCUGGGCUGGACAGGGACUUUACUGUGCCCUGUUUGUAUGUUCUCCCUGUAUGUGCAUGGGUUUGCUGUGGGUGGUCUGGUUCCUCCUAAGACUUGGCAUCCUUGGCUCUGGGUCCUUUGCUACUCACAGGUCUGUUUUUGGUUCUACUCUGUGACUGGCUGUCCCUCCUUCUUCACCCCCUGACUUCAGUCCUCAUCUGGACAUUUCUGCCAGGACUCCUCUUCUUUAGAUGUUCCUAGUUCAUCUGCUUUUGAACUAGGGUUGCUGCGUGUUUUCUGAAAUCAAAUUUAGGACAUGUAAGUUUAAAAACUAGAGAAUUUAAUUCUUCUCAUGCACAACAGAGCAAACUGCACAAGUGUGGCAUAUUUCACUACAUAUCCUGUAUCUAAAAGCUUUAUGUCAUACCUGCCAAGUCACCUCUUUGUCCUCUGCCAACCAUUCAUUCCUCAUAUUUUUCUGUAUUUUUUAGAAAGACUUUUCAAGGACCCGUGGUGUUGUGAUCUUCUGGAGCUCGUUGUUUAGCCUCUGUCCCUGCCGCAGUGUCCACAAUACUGCCCAAGUAUGUGGUCUUUUACACCUCCUCUGGGGACUUGUCCCUCAUGGGUUGCUGGAUUUGGAGUUUAUCUUCAUGACCUGUGUCUUUGCUGUACAGGGAGCCGGACCAAGUUUUGAUGCAGCCUGUGAGAAUCUGUCUUCUCCUUCUUCUAUCUCCAGACAGGGACUUUACUGUGCCCUGUUUGUAUGUUCUCCCUGUAUGUGCAUGGGUUUGCUGUGGGUGGUCAUCAAGGAAUCCUUCCUUGUUUCUGUGGGAAUGACCCUCAGUAAUUUGGCGUAGAUGUCGCUGGUUUCUGUCCUUUUUGUGGGUUUGUCUGUAUCUGUUGCUUUUCAGUGUGAGAGUGUGUCUUUUUUAAAGUGUGCCUUGUCGGGGGAGAUUUCCUGUCACUUUGGGGUCAGCCAUUGGAGUGUUUCUGUCUCUGUGUCAUUUAAUGUUGUUGCAGAGAGCUCGUCUCUGAGGAGUGAAUCCAAGAGCUCCUGCAGGUUCACCGUGUCCCACACACAGGCGGCUCCAAGAGAGAAAGAAAAGUGCAAGACGCACAAUCCACGGUGACUUAACUAUGUAUCCUCAAUAUUUACAAGUCCACAGGGAACCCAGGCGCAAGACGCUACUAGGGGCUCCAGAGGCCCCGCCAGACGCAAGGGCCGACUGUGACACAGACACAGUCACACUCUGAUUGGUCUCUUUGGAUUGGGCUGGCUGCUGCCCUCCCCGUCCUGGUCCUCCUCUUCAUGGCCCCUCUUCCUCUUCUUUGGCCUCUCAACACAGCGGGUGGACAUGGCUGUGAAGCGACAGAGCACGGACAUGAGGCACUGUCCGUUUUCUGAGUAGUCAGUGACCCUCCAGCGGUUGGUGACGACAGAUUGAUGAGAGUCAAAGACGGUGGAGAUCACUCUUUUUGUCAUCCUCCCGUCUACCAUCAGGGAAUGAACUCCGGUCCAGGGGUCUUCCAGAGUCCUCAGCUCCACCCUCUCAGGAAGGCGUUGGUUCAUCAGGAUGGUGCGGUUAGUAUAACCUGCAAGCGGCACCAUCCUUCCUGGUGGAGCUGCCAGUGAGGGGUGUCUGGAGUUCUCCUCGUCCUCCUCCCUCUCAAACGGUGCAGAUACCUGCCAGACACGAGUGGGUGGUCUGUAGGGUAUCACAGGGAAGUCCCUGGAGCCUGUGAUGAGGUUGUGAUACAGGCUCAUCACUGUUUGACCCAAGGACACCACUCUAACGCUCUCCAAGGGACGAUUCCUCAGGUUGGUGACAUACAGUUGAAGGGUUCGCCUUCGCAGAGGCAGAAAGGCUGGACAGAAAGAGAAGAAGAGAAAAACAUUGAGAGACCAAUGUCGGAAUGGCGGGAUGUCGGAAUGGCGGUUGCCCCCCACAAUAAACAUGUUAUAUACAAUCAUUACAGAGUGACCAUAAUAACAUUUUAACAGUUUGUAACAAUAUUAUAUUUAAUUGGUAACACUUUAUAAUAACUAUCUGUUAAAACUAGUUAAUAUAGCAUCUGUAAACUGUUAAUUAAUACGUUAUUAAUGACUUGUUAAGUGUUUGUUAACAGUUUGCUAAGGAUUUAUUAUGAUGCCUUACAGGUAGUUAAUAUAUCAUUAAUUAACUGUUAGUUUAUGAGUUAUAAAUGACUUGUUAACUGUAUGUAAAUGAUUUAUAAGUAUACCUCACAAUUUGGUAAUAAAUCAUGAACAAGCUAUUAAUAAAUUACUAACUAUAAUUGCUUUAUAAUGUAAAAAGCAUACUACAAUAUUCUUACAGACUGCAUGCAGGAUCUGUUCAAGCAAAGAGAGACCAGAUAUAAUCUGAGGGGCACUACAAUAUUCAAUCAAAUAAAAGUAAGAACUAAUACUAAAGGAAAAUGCACUUCAGUCAAAGGGGUAAGUCUGUGAAACACUCUGGAUAAGGAACUAAAAACAGCAAACUCUAUGAAUGUAUUAUAUAUAAAUUAUACAAAACAAGGGUCAUCGAAAAAUACAUUGCAUUACAGUAUCAAACAAACCCUACAACACAAACCAUACAAAACUCACAACUAAACUAAACUUUGUUACCUCUUAUGUUGUUGUUUUUUUUUGUUCGUUUGUUCUUUUUUAUUUUUCAUUUUUAUUAAUCAAUUAAUUAAUUAAUUGAUUGAUUAUUUUUUUAUUAUUUAUCUAUUUAUUUUUUGUAAUCUAUUUAUGUUUAUAAUGGAUUGUAUUUGUUUACAAGUGUGUAUUUAAAAGAGCUUGUAAUGUUUGGGACCAAUAAAACUGAGACUUUGUAUAUCUUUGCUUCUGUGUCAUUUAUAAAUGCUUUAUAAAGCAGAGAUAGUCCUCACUUUAGAUGGACUCACAGAAUAUACUUAACUAAUAGGUAACUAAUGAGUAGUAACUGCAUUAAUAAGCAUUAAUUAGUUAUCCAUUGAGUAUGAAUACGUGUUUGUAAAACGUAUACUAACACAGUUGCUAAGCCUUUAUAAAGUAUCAACAACUCAGGUUAUCAAUGAGCAACAAAACAUUUAUAACCGAGUUUAUUAAGUGCUUAGUAAUGCAUAAUAAAUGCUAUACAGAUCAUGAAUUCAUGAUUAAUUAAGCAUUAACUAAUGUUCAACUGCUGCUUAAGUAAUUAUAAAUGGGUUUGAGUUUAAAACGUUUAUAACUGUGUUUACUAAGGCUUAGCAAUGUAUAACUAAUUAUUUGCAAAUGAUGAGUUAACGCUGAAUUAAGCACUUUACUAAUGUUUAACUAAUGCUUAAUAUUGUUUGAGUUGAACAUUUAAAACUGUCUUUACUAAUGCUUUGUAAUGCAUUACUAAUGCUGAAUUAAUGGUUAAUUCAUGAAAAAUUAAGGAUUAACUAAUGCUUAAAUUAUGCUUAACCAAUGCUUAAAUUGUGCUUAAUAGUGUAAUUUUAUUAUUAAGUGUUACCGGAUUCUUCAUUAUUGGAUAAGUGCAUUUCUUUGUAAUCAAUUUCUUAUAUUUUGGAGAUUUAUAAAUCUAUUGGAUAAGUGUUUUGUAACCUUAAUAUAACGCUAUUUCCUUGAUAUUAUUUGUGAUACAAAAUUUCUAUGGUAAAAAGCAUGCUUGUUCCCAAUUAACAUGAAUGAAAACGUAAAAUAAUAAUAUUUACAGUGAAGUAAUUUUGACCAAAACAAAAAAAACAUGGCCUGGGAUAUACUUCUCGUAUUUUUGUUGCAGCUGUGUGUUUGUUUUCUGUGUAUUUUUCCCCUUUUGUCUCUCCAUAGCUGCCCAGGUGAAAUCACUGAGUGACAAUCAGACUCUCCUGGUGCUGAGAGUCUAAAAGCCCAGAGCUGCCUGCAGUCUGGAGAGGCAUUUGGUGGGGAACUGCUGCCCUGCUGCCUCUCAUUUGUGUUGUGGGUGCUUUGUGUUUAGUUCGUAAUUUUGUUAUUUUGUCACAAUAAAUCACGUGUUAAACUUUUAAAGGUCUUUGUGUUAAUUUAAUGAGUCAAAAGGUGAGGAUUGUUGUUAGCUCCUUCUUAUUUUUGAUGGUAAUCCUGAGAAGGGGGCACACUUAGGUGAUGCCUCGAGCUCGGCAGGCCACUGAAGACUAGUUAGAAUGAAAUAUAUUUACCUUUUUUUUGAAGAUGGUUUACGAUGCAGGCUGCCCCCUCAGCUCCUCUCUGGUCUGGUCUGCUAUCAUCUGGUCUGGUUUCUUCUCCUCUCUAAAAUCAAAUGACAAAUAAAAUACAACAUGAGUAAACUGACCACAGCAGUGAGCAGAACAGUUUUCUCAGUAAAUCCAAAGAUUAAAAAAGUAAAUUACUCUUUUUUUGAAUGGUUCAAAGUGCUCGCUGUCUCCUCUGGCCAUCUCUGAUCUGGACUCCUUCUCUCUUCCCUGAUUAAAACAAAUUAAAGGUAAAAUUAAAACAACAGUAAAGACCUUCAACAACCAGGGGAAUCAUUCGAACAUUUCAGACUUUUGAUGAUAAGAAUAAUAAAAGUUGUAUGUUUUACCUUGGUGUCAUGGUGGUGCAGAAGUUAGCACUGGUGCCUCACAGCAAGAAGGUUCCUGGUCUGAAUCCUGGGCUGGACAGGGACUUUACUGUGCCCUGUUUGUAUGUUGUCCCUGUACGUGCAUGGGUUUGCUGUGGGUGGUCUGGUUCCUCCUAAGACUUGGCAUCCUUGGCUCUGGGUCCUUUGCUACUCACAGGUCUGUUUUUGGUUCUACUCUGUGACUGGCUGUCCCUCCUUCUUCACCCCCUGACUUCAGUCCUCAUCUGGACAUUUCUGCCAGGACUCCUCUUCUUUAGAUGUUCCUAGUUCAUCCUCUUUUGAACUAGGGUUGCUGCGUGUUUUCUGAAAUCAAAUUUAGGACAUGUAAGUUUAAAAACUAGAGAAUUUAAUUCUUCUCAUACACAACAGAGCAAACUGCACAAGUGUGGCAUAUUUCACUACAUAUCCUGUAUCUAAAAGCUUUAUGUCAUACCUGCCAAGUCACCUCUUUGUCCUCUGCCAACCAUUCAUUCCUCAUAUUUUUCAAAAAGACUUUUCAAGGACCCGUGGUGUUGUGAUCUUCUGGAGCUCGUUGUUUAGCCUCUGUCCCUGCCACAGUGUCCACAAUACUGUAUGUGGUCUUUUACACCUCCUCUGGGGACUUGUCCCUCAUGGGUUGCUGGAUUUGGAGUUUAUCUUCAUGACCUGUGUCUUUGCUGUACAGGGAGCCAGACCAAGUUUUGAUGCAGCCUGUGAGAAUCUGUCUUCUCCUUCUUCUAUCUCCAGACAGGGACUUUACUGUGCCCUGUUUGUAUGUUCUCCCUGUAUGUGCAUGGGUUUGCUGUGGGUGGUCAUCAAGGAAUCCUUCCUUGUUUCUGUGGGAAUGGCCCUCAAUAAUUUGCCGUAGAUGCUGCUGGUUUCUGUCCUUUUUGUGGGUUUGUCUGUAUCCGUUGCUUUUCAGUGUGAGAGUGUGUCUUUUUUAGAGUGUGCCUUGUCGGGGGAGAUUUCCUGUCACUUUGGGGUCAGCCAUUGGAGUGUUUCUGUCUCUGUGUCAUUAAAUGUUGUUGCAGAGAGCUCGUCUCUGAGGAGUGAAUCCAAGAGCUCCUGCAGGUUCACCGUGUCCCACACACAGGAGGCGCCAAGAGAGAAAGAAAAGUGCAAGACGCACAAUCCACGGUGACUUAACUAUGUAUCUUCAAUAUUUACAAGUCCACAGGGAACCCAGGCGCAAGACGCUACCAGGGGCUCCAGAGGCCCCGCCAGACGCAAGGGCCGACUGUGACACAGACACAGUCACACUCUGAUUGGUCUCUUUGGAUGAGGCUGGCUGCUGCCCUCCCCGUCCUGGCCCUCCUCUUCAUGGCCCCUCUUCCUCUUCUUUGGCCUCUCAACACAGCGGGUGGACUUGGCUGUGAAGCGACAGAGCACGGACAUGAGGCACUGUCCGUUUUCUGAGUAGUCAGUGACCCUCCAGCGGUUGGUGACGACAGAUUGAUGAGAGUCAAAGACGGUGGAGAUCACUCUUUUUGUCAUCCUCCCGUCUACCAUCAGGGAAUGAACUCCGGUCCAGGGGUCUUCCAGAGUCCUCAGCUCCACCCUCUCAGGAAGGCGUUGGUUCAUCAGGAUGGUGCGGUGAGUAUAACCUGCAAGUGGCACCAUCCUUCCUGGUGGAGCUGCCAGUGAGGGGUGUCUGGAGUUCUCCUUGUCCUCCUCCCUCUCAAACGGUGCAGAUACCUGCCAGACGCGAGUGGGUGCUCUGUAGGGUAUCACAGGGAAGUCCCUGGAGCCUGUGAUGAGGUUGUGAUACAGGCUCAUCACUGUUUGACCCAAGGACACCACUCUAACGCUCUCCAAGGGACGAUUCCUCAGGUUGGUGACAUACAGUUGAAGGUCUCGCCUUGGCAGAGGCAGAAAGGCUGGACAGAAAGAGAAGAAGAGAAAAACAUUUAGAGACCAAUGUCGGAAUGGCGGGAUGUCGGAAUGGCGGUUGCCCCCCACAAUAAACAUGUUAUAUACAAUCAUUACAGAGUGACCAUAAUAACAUUUUAACAGCUUGUAACAAUAUUAUAUUUAAUUGGUAACACUUUAUAAUAACUAUCUGUUAAAAAUAGUUAAUAGAUCAUCUGUAAACUGUUAAUUAAUAGGUUAUUAAUGACUUGUUAAGUGUUUGUUAACAGUUUGCUAAGGAUUUAUAAUGAUGCCUUAGAGGUAGUUAAUAUAUCAUUAAUUAACUGUUAGUUUAUGAGUUAUAAAUGACUUGUUAACUGUAUGUAAAUGAUUUAUAAGUAUACCUCACAAAUUGUUAAUAGAUCAUAAACAAGCUAUUAGUAAAUUACUAACUAUAAUUGCUUUAUAAUGUAUAAAGCAUACUACAAUAUUCUCCCAAACUGCAUGCAGGAUCUGUUCAAGCAAAGAGAGACCAGAUAUAAUCUGAGGGGCACUGCAAUAUUCAAUCAAAUAAAAGCAAGAACUAAUACUAAAGGAAAAUGCACUUCAGUCAAAGGGGUAAGUCUGUGAAACACUCUGGAUAAGGAACUAAAAACAGCAAACUCUAUGAAUGUAUUAUAUAUAAAUUAUACAAAACAAGGGUCAUCGAUAAAUACAUUGCAUUACAGUAUCAAACAAACCCUACAACACAAACCAUACAAAACUCACAGCUAAACUAAACUUUGUUACCUUUUGUUAUGUUGGUGUUUUUUUGUUAUGUUUGUUCUUUUUUAUUUAAUUAAUUAAUUAAUUUUUUGUUGUUGUUGUUUUUUUGUAAUAUAUUUAUGUUUAUUAUUCAUUCUUAGUACUAUUCUUAGCAGCCUAAUAAAGGAGGAGAAGAGUAAAGAAAAAGGAGGAAAAUUGGAAGGAAAAAAUGCUAUACAGAUCAUGAAUUCAUGAUUAAUUAAGCAUUAACUAAUGUUCAACUGCUGCUUUAGUAAUUAUAAAUGGGUUUGAGUUUAAAACGUUUAUAACUGUGUUUGCUAAUGCUUAGUAAUGUAUACCUAAUUAUUUACAAAUGAUGAGUUAACGAUGAAUUAAGCACUUUACUAAUGUUUAACUAAUGCUUAAUAAUGUUUUAGUUGAACAUUUAAAACUGUCUUUACUAAUGCUUUGUAAUGCAUUACUAAUGCUGAACUAAUGGUUAAUUCAUGAAAACUUAAGGAUUAACUAAUGCUUAAAUUAUCCUUAACCAAUGCUUAACUAAUGCUUAAUAGUGUAUAGUUAUUAUAAAGUGUUACCGGAUUCUUCAUUAUUGGAUAAGUGCAUUUCUUUGUAAUCAAUUUCUUAUAUUUUGGAGAUUUAUAAAUCUAUUGGAUAAGUGUUUUGUAACCUUAAUAUAAUGCUAUUUCCUUGAUAUUAUUUGUGAUACAAAAUUUCUAUGGUAAAAGGCAUGCUUGUUCCCAAUUAACAUGAAUGAAAACGCUAUUUCAGAAAGAUUUCCACUCAGGUUUAAUUCUCUUUCGUUCACACAAGAUACUACCAAUGAGUCUGUUGUCCUAUUUCUUGUUCAUUAGCGCAGUUCAAUUUUCAUUAGGUAACUGCCCUCAUUACAGAGUUGAAUUAUUUGCUGGUUAAUGAUUUGUAAUGAAGGAAUUGUUCAUAUGUAGAUGACAAGCCAUGAUAACUCUGUCAUUCACACGCUCACGGCCGGCCCGGGCUCUGACGUGAGACGUAUAUCUCCGAUAGGUGUAAUAUUUGACGUCGUUUCCAUGGCGCGUGAGAAAUAUACAACGUUUAGCAUUUUUUUUGAAUGAUGGAACGAUAAUGGAACCGGCGCCAUCUUGGCCCAUUACUUUCAAUGUUAAAAAAUGUCAACCAAGUAAAAUACAAUUUUUGCUCAAACACUACACUAAUAUUCAUAUUUUUACUCAUGUUACUCCUAUUACCGUCGGUGCACAUGACAUUUAUCAAUAUUUAAAGACCGUAUAAGGCGAAAAACAAACAUGAAUCCAUUACUGUCAAAUAAUAGGCCUAUUACAUUAAACAUUUGAUCAAGGACGACAUAUUUUCUGCAAAAAUUAUGAGAAAAUUCGAUGUUUUAAACUGAUAAAUAUCCAAAUGUACAUUAUUCAAGUCUUCCCACAGAGUUUAAUGUCAUAAAAGACAGAGGAAAAAUGUUUUGUCAAGUUUUACCAUAGUCAGCCGGCAGUCGGAAGAUGCCGAUGGAGAGAAAGAACUUCUCUCUGCCAGAUGCGGAUAAUGCCAUAACUUGUCCUUUAAUGUUGCAGUCUGAAAGUCACUUCUAGGUGUUUUUUGAAGUUCUUCUCGUCGUUCAAAGUUGAUAGUUUCCAAUAAAUUGAUCUCGUCCAACAGAUGAAAGUUUUCACGUGCGGAUUUGAGCGCUCUGGUUUGGAACUGAAUUUGAAUUUUGGAAACAUCUGCUUAAAACAACAGACGUCAUCAUCAUCAUCACCAUGGUGAAGACCGGCGUGAGAACAAUAAUAUAUUUAAAUAACACCAUUUUACCAACUAAUGUGAAGUAAUUCCAGGCUAUAUAAAUUACAUCGAAUAAAAAAGGUAUAUAGGCUACCACACAAAAAUAGGUUAUGAGAUGUCUCAGAGAUGUCUUAAAAAAAAUUUUUCUCCCUAAGGGAACCCUCUCAAUAAAGUUCAAUCUAAUCUAGUCUAAUCUAAAAACUGGAUUAAAUGAAAACCAUAUAAGAUUUAGUUAUCUAGCUUGGCUCAUCUUAGACUAUUUUUGACUUCCAAACAGUUUCCCCUCUUUUAUUGUGUUUUUGCUGCCUUUACAAUAAAAAGUAGCCUUACAAAAAGACUCAUUAACUUACAUAGAAAUAUGUGGCCUAAUAACUGUGAACUAGAAAUAUUGAAGCUUUUUAUGAUUUUAUUUUUUCUUCUAUUAUUCUGUUGUUGUAUUGAGUGGGGGUGCAUUUUUAGAUACAAAUGUGGUGGACCACAUUGUGUGUGAUCCAUCCAUCCAUUCAUCUUCUACCGCUUAUUCCCAUUCCUGGGGUCGCGGGGUCACUGGAGCCUAUCCCAGCAUCUUCGGGCGAAGGCAGGGGACACCCUGGAUAAGUCGCCAGUUCAUUACAGGGCUGACAUAUAGAGACGAACAACCAUCCACACUCACAUUCACACCUAUGGGCAAUAUGUUUUUUGAUACCAUCAGGCUGGCUUUACUGGAAGAAAAGCUGACAGUGAUGCAGGUGGAGGCCUCUUGUGUCCUGGAUCAUUGACUAUCUGACUCAAUCAAUCAAUCAAUCAAUCAGUCAAAUUUUAUUCAUUCAAAAUUCACAACAGUCGUCAUCUCAAGACGCUUUUUAAAGAACAAGAGCAGGUCUAGAUCACGCUCAUUGUUUGAUGAAUUAUCAAGAACCAACCUAGGAUGGGUUUUGGCCCAUCUCAUCUAAUAUGAGCAACAGUGGCAAGAAAAAAACUUCCUUUUAACAGGCAGAAACCUUGAGCAGCACCAGACUCAUGCUAGACAGCCACCAUGCCGCUGCUGGGUUGGGGAGGAAAACAGAGAGAUAGAGGGAGAGAGGGAGAGAGAGGGGAGGGGGAAAGAGAACAAGAUAAGGGGAAGGCGAAAGAGAAUGAGUAAGGAGAGGGAGGGGGAGGGAGAGAGAGUAGAGAAUGAGGGUGAGAGAGAGACAGGGACAGCAGAAACAACAGCAACAACAACAACAGAUCAUGUAAUGGUGAAACAAAAUGAAUUCAGUUUACAGGGUUAAGAUAUGAGUAAUUAUGGACAAUGUUAAAUUAAUUUAAUGUGAUUACAGUCAGCAGGCUUAAUAGUAGUUAGCUCUAGUUUUAUGUUAUUAAUGUCAGUGGGGCUGAUGUUCAUGUCUGACUGUCAGACCACAGUUUGUAUGCUUAACACUGUGCGUCAGACAGUCUACUAGUACUAGGUGCCGUGUGCUUUUAUGGACAGCAGAGGGCGCUGCUGCUUUUAAUUCACUAAACCCGAUUAUUCGUUUUAUAAUAAUAUAAUAAUGACCUUAAAUCACAGGAAAACUCAGCGGGUAUAGUGCUGUAUAUUGUUGGUUUAAUCUGCUAGGGUGCUGCUCUCCGCUACUCACUGACUGAACUGAAGCUGACUGAGCUCUCUCAAAUGGGAAAAGCGGGUCAUUAUAAUCAUGUCAAUCCUGAGUAAACAGUUAGCCUGUCAUUUAGCUGUAAGCGCUCAUGUUGUUUGUGUGUCAGUAAAUGCAGCACAGGAUUUACACACUGUCCCCUCUUCUAUUGGCUAACAGGACUGUGAUCAGCGGUACCACAUAGUAAGCCCCGCCCAACUGCACAUGCAACCGGGAGGUCCUGAGGCUCAUGCAGUAGAAGAGUUUCUCAUAGCGGCCAACACGUGGAGAAGGAGGAGGAGAAGUGGUACCCGGACAGGUAGGAAGGCUGAAAGCUUUUGAUUCGGAAGAUUCCCUGUCAGUUUAGAUCAGCUGCUCACACACUGGUCAAACUCCUGCAGCCACAGUUUACAGGUUAUUGUUAGAAACUCAACUUAAACCAACCCAGAGCUGCAGAGAAGACAGGGUUUAUACAGGUGUGCAGAGAUAGAACAAGUUUACAGAAACUGAGCUGUAGCAGGUAAAACUAGAUUUACACGGGGUUGAGCAGAGACUGUGAGGUUGAGACAGAGCUGUAUAAAGCAUUGACCGAGCCAUGUGAAGAAUAGAAGUCUCAGGUUAACAGUGUGAAUGUAAGGCAGAGUCAGAGACGGAGAGGUGAAGUUAAUCCUUAAUACUGUUUAAGCUGCAGUUUCUCCUCAUGCUGCUCUCAGUCACUGUUGAUCACUCUGAGCUAAUGUGAAUGCACUGAGGAAACUAAUUCAGAUUACAGUAUAAACACACCGAUGAUCACUCUAUUUAAUGUGAAAGCACUGAGAAAACUUUACAGUUUCUUUUAUUUUGUAGAGAGUGUGUAUACAAAUAAUCAUUCACAGGUUCAACCAUAAACAGACUUGACAAAACUGAAGUUCAUGUUUUCCAUGAAAAGUUGACUCUUUCCAGAUGAAUUCAGAGGUUCAUUAGACAGGUUUAGGUGAGAAAAAAUUGAUGCUGCGCUUAGGAGCUCCUCAGACAGUCUCAGUCUCUGUCAGUAUUCAGUCAGUUGGUCAGUUGUUUUUUCCUCAGACAGUCUGAUAAACAUUUCGUGAUGGUUCAAUCUGGGUUAAAUAUUCACAAUAUAAAUAUCUUAAGUCAGUGGUCUUAGUCCUCGAGGCCCACUGUCCUGCAUGUUUUGGAUGUUUCCCUGCUCCAACACACCUGAUUCAAAUGAUCAGCUCUAGUCAGCCAUUACAGAGCUUGAUAACGAGCUGAUCAUUUGAAUCAGGUGUGUUGGAGCAGGGAAACAUCCACAAUAUGCAGGACAGUGGGCCUCGAGGACUGGACUUGAGAACCACUGACUUAAACUAUCCUAUACUGGUGUCUGGGCAGAGUUCAUGUGAUUAUGUGAAUGAAUAAAAAGUUUGUACAGUUCAAGGCAAGAUCAUUAGUUUGUUAUCUUACUGAAAAAUGUCAUGCACUGUCAGUAAGCCACACACUGAGGUCUUACCUGAGUUGUUAUUCCUUUCUGAACUGGUCUUUUUUUAAUUUUCCUAUUUAAAAUAAUCAGAUUUUUUAUUAUCUGAUUGAAAUUUUCUUUCUUUCUAUUUUUUUGAUAUUGAGUUAUAUAAUAUUAUUUUUGAUUUAAGUUUUUUGUUUGUUAAUCGUGUUUUUUAAUUUUCUGCUUUUUGAUUUUUCUAAUUGUCUUAUAUUUAAUUUUCUAAUAGUAUUUUCUGAUUGUAAUUUUUGGUCUUUAGAUUUUCUGUUUUUAGUUUUCUGAUGAAAAUUUACUGAUUUUAGUUUUCUGUUAAUUUUAUUUAUUUAUUUAUUUAUUAUAAACAACUGCUUAUUAUUCCCUGAACUGGUGUUUUUUUAAUUAUCUAAUUUAAAAUAAUCAGAUUUUUAAUUAUCUUAUUUAUACAUUUUUUUAAAUAUAGAAUUUUCUAAUAAUAUAUAUAUAUAUAUAUAUAUAUAUAUAUAUAUAUAUAUAUAUAUUUUAUAAAUCUAUGUUUUUAAUUUUCUGCUUUUUAUUUUUUUUCUAAUUGUCUUAUAUUAAUUUUCCAAAAGUAUUUUCUGAUUGUAAUUUUUGGUUUUUAGAUUUUCUGUUUUUAGUUUUCGGAUUAAAAAUGUCUAAUUUUAGUUUUCUGUUUAGUUUAUUUUUUAAAAAAACUGCUUAUUAUUUUCUGCUUUCAGAUUUUCUAAUUUUAGAUUUUCUGCUUUUUCUAGUUUUCUUUCUAAUUUUCAAAGUUUUUUCCCUUAAUUUUAAACUUUGUAUUCUUUUUAAUAUUCUUAUUCUCAUGUGAUAAGUUUUCUUCCUUUUUUUUUUUUUUUCAAGUUUUCCAACUUCCAAUUUUCCGACUGAAUCACACUUUUUCUACUUUUCUGACUCGCUGUUCCCCCGCAGGUGUGUAUGGUCAUCAUAGACAGCGUAUUGAGCACACUUUGAUAAUCAAUGAUCACACACACACAGAGUCUCGUAGGUUGAAGCUGACACCAGAUGGUUUACAGAUUAUCAGCUUCAUUAACAGCAGAUUAGCUCAGUCAGGUUGCUCCUAUACUGACUGUUACUGACCGGCUAUUUAUCAACAGCCUUCUAGCUGACUGACUAAGACUGGAGUAAGCUUGGAGCCUCUUGUUUCCUUUUAUUUGAACUCAUAUCUCUCUUUUUAUCUUUUUUACUUUUGUCACUAAGACCUCAUGACCAAACAUUGCCCUAAGUCUCAACACAAACUAUGUUUCAUUCUGAACAUGUUACAGUAUACACACACAUAUAAACACACACUGAUCGACUAUCAGCCUCAGACUGCUUUCCUGCCUGCUGUACGUUGUUGUUGUUGUUACUCCUGUACUGUGGCCACAGGACAUCCCACCCAAGGUUUAUGGACAGGAGUCUCCAGGCUGCAGCUGGACAUUUUUGCUUGACUGAUUGACCGACUGAUUGUGUGUGACUGACCUGCUGGCUUUUGUCGAUGCCUCUCUUCCUGAUAAUUUGAUUUUAAUUUAGUAAAGCUGGGUGAAAUUCUCCACUGCUUAUGUUCAGGUGUGACUCCAGAUGCUGACUCUGCUCAGUCUUUAUUCUCUUGAUUCUUUGCAAUCAAAUUUUAUUUUUCAUAUGUAUGUAUGAAUGAAUGGAGCAGCCCCCCCCCCAAAAAAAAAAAAAAAAAAAAACAUUCAAAAGAAGCUUUUAUUUUGUAGGAGUGCAGUCAUUGACAGACUGGUUGAUGGAUGUACUGUGACAGCUGACAGACCCUCUGUGUGUGUUAUUUGGGGUGUUAAAGUGUUUGUUUCAAUAUGUGUGUAAUACUGUAGUAUGUGUGUUAUUGUGUGUGUGUUUUGGUGUUUUUGGUGUGUGUGUGUAGGGAGGUCAGUUUAAGUCCUGGCCUCUGGCUGACAGGCUGUGUGUCCUGUAUGAAGUCCUUGGACCAGAUUAAUGCUCUCUCAGUCUCAGAGUGGGUCGACUGGUUAGUCUAAGGGGCCCCUAUUUGCUGCUGACCUGAGGCUGUAGGUCACUAACAUGAUGUUAGCAUGUUGUUUGUUUAGUUGGGGGGCUGGGGGGGUAUCCGCUCAUCUAAAGGUUGUAGAAGAGUGGAGGUAAACAGUCAGAGGGUCCAGCUGGAGUCUCACUCAGAGUUAACAUUGGAAAUAGAACUAGGAGAUAUUUUUGCAUGAGAUUAGACCCCUGACGUCCCCCUCCCCUCCCCCAUGACCUCAUUUUAAAUGUAAAUGUUUGAACCCCGACUGCAAACCCUCCUGACCCUCGGCUAAAAACACACUUAGCCCACACACACAGACACACAGACUAACAGCUGACUGGGGGUGUAAAGGAAUACAAGAUCAUUUAGGUCGGACGUCACAAAAAUAAUGUAAGAAGUUGAAGAAGAACAAAGAUUUCACAUGAACAGCUUUUUCCCCAAGCAGAUGUGCGUUAUAUGAUUUGGGAUAUGAUGUUCAUACCUUCACAUACAGUGGAUAUAAAAGGUCUACACACCCCUGUUCAACUGCCAGGUUUUUGUCAUGUAAAAAAAUUCAAUCAAGAUAAAUAAUUUCACAACUUCUUCCACCUUUAAUGUGACCUAUAACCUGUUCAACACAAUUGAAAAACAAACAGAAAUCUUUCAGGGAGGUGAAGUAAAAAUAAACAACUGAGAUCAUGUGGUUGCAUAAGUGUGCACACCCUUUAAUAACUGGGGAUGUGGCUGUGUUCAGAUUUAACCAGUAACAUUCAAACUCAGGUUAAACUGGAGUCAGCACACACCUGUCACCAAUCAAAGUGCCUCUGAUCAACCCAAAAUUAAGUUCAGCUGUUCUAGUAGCUUUUCCUGACAUUUUUGUAGCCACAUCUUCCAGCACAAGCCAUGGUCCACAGAGAGCUUCCAAAGCAUCAGCGGGAUCUCAUUAUUCAGAGAUAUCAGUCAGGUGAGGCUACAAAAGAAUUUCCAAGGAAUUAAAUAUACCAUGGAACUCAGUAAAGACCGUCAUCAUCAAGAGGAGAAAAUAUGGCACAACUGUGACAUUACCAAGAACAGGACGUCCGUCCAAAAUUGAUGAUAAGACAAGAAGAAAACUGGUCAGGGAGACGACCAAGAGGCCGACAGCAACACUGAAGGAGCUGCAGGAAUUUCUGGCAAGUACUAGCUGUGUAGUACAUGAGACAACAAUCUCCCACUGUCUUCAUAUGUCUGGGCUAUGGGGUAGGGUGGCAAGACGGAAGUCUUAUCUUUAAAAGAAAAAUAUCAAAGCCCGGCUUAAUUUUGCAAAAAGACAUCUGAAAUCUCCCAAACACAUGUGGCAAAAUGUGUUAUGGUCUGAUGAAACCAAAGUUGAACUUUUUGGGCAUCAUUGCAAAAGGUAUAUUUGGCGCAAAAUCAACACUGCUCAUCACCAAAAGAACACCAUACCUACAGUGAAGCAUGGUGGUGGCAGCAUCAUGCUUUGGGGCUGUUUUUCUUCAGCUGGAACUGGUGCCUUAGUCAGGGUGGAGGGAAUUAUGAACAGUUCCAAAUACCAGUCAGUGUUGGCACAAAACCUUCAGCCUUCUGUUAGAAAGCUGAAGAUGAAGAGGAACUUCAUCUUUCAGCACGACAAUGACCCAAAGCACACAUCUAAAUCAACAAAAGAAUGGCUUCACCGGAAUAAGAUUGAGACUUUGGAAUGACCCAGCCAGAGUCCAGACCUGAAUCCCAUCAAACAUUUGUGGAGUGAUCUGAAGAGGGCUGUGCACAGGAGAUGCCCUCACAAUCUGUCAGAUUUGGAGCGGUUUUGCAAAGAAGAGUGGGCAAAUAUUUCCACAUCAAGAUGUGCCACACUGAUAGACUCCUACCUAAAAAGACUGAGUGCUGUAAUAAAAGCCAAAGGUGCUGCAACAAAGUAUUAGUUUAAGGGUGUGCAUUUUUAUGCAACCAGGUUAUUUUUACUUUUCUAUUUUUUAUUUUUCCCCUUAAAGGUUUCAGUUUGUUUUUCAGUUGCAUUGUUCAGGUUAUAGGUCACAUUAAAGGUGGAAAAAGUUGUAGAAAUAUUUAUCUUGCUGUCAGUUUCUUACAUCACUAAAACCUGGCAGUUGAACAGGGGUGUGUAGACUUUUUAUAUUCACUGUAUGCUAAGCUUAGCAACACUAAGAGCCCCCCUCAGGUUAACGGUGCUGAUUCAAGAAUAAAAAAUGUUUGGGGGUUAUUUUGGAUCCAGGAGGCAGACAGGUAUCAGAGCUAAUAGACCGCAUAUCUUAAGCACCUGUUCAUGCACUUUAUCCUGAUCCUCACCCUCUGUGGUAUUAAACAGUGCUAUCACAUCAUUGACAUCACAAAAGAAACAAACAGCCACAAUACUGUGCGACAAAAAUUUACAAAAGGUAAGAGCAGACCGGGGCUGUAGGGAGUGAAGAUGCAGUGUUUGUUUAGUGGGUCAAGGCCAGUGUCUGAGUAUGCCUGUGAGUGUUAAACUAGCCUAAAGCUAAAACACUCUCUAAACCCUGCUUUGCAGAAAACCAUCCUCCCUGGAUGUGCACGUAAACACACUGACUCUGUCCUCAACAAAAAGAGGUAGGGAAACAGCGCAGCUUUACUUCUAGGGUUUUCCCCCAAAAUUUGGCAACUAGUUUUAGAUAUCUGGACAGCAAUGGAUAAAAUAUUAUAAACGAUUUGAAACAUUAUUUUUUCAACAUAUCUCAUGGCCCCCCAUUGGCAUUCUGGGACACCUUGGGGGUAUCCUACCCCCGUUUUAGGAACCACUAGUUCAGACAGCAUCACGAUACGACCGGGUCCCAUUCAGUGAGAUAAGACCCACUCUGAUUGAUCUUCAUCCCUCAUGAGUGUAGCACUUUGCAGCAUUUAUCAAGUGACAGUGGAGAAGAAAAACUACCUUUAAGAAGGAGAAACCUCAAGCAGAACCAGACUGGUGUUAGUCAGUCAUCUGCUGAAACUGUCAGUGUGUGUAAAAAAAGUUUCUGCUCUCUGUGACUUCACUGUGUGAGUGAUGUGGUGAUUUGUCUCUGAUGAGAGGAGGAGACGACCAACAUAGUGCAGUCUAUGUUUGAGUCAGUCUAUGUUCAUGUCAGUCUAUAUAUCCUGACUGUUUCAGUUUUUUCAUCCGUUGAUGUCUGCAUGGGGGGUUUUGCGCACAUGUUGCAGACACCACUGCUGUGUUUUAGCUCUGAGUGACCCUGUUAUCAUAAUCAGCUGUCUUACUGCGGCUGGAUGUAAGACCUAAUUUUGCUGAGUGAACUCUAAAACGUGUUGGUGGCAUUUUGUCAGUUUUUAUUUUAUAUUUUAUUUUCAUUAUUUUAAACAUGUUUGUAUACUUACUCAGUUUGUUUGGAGAUUAAAUGAAAUCAAUCACCACAAAUAGUCCAAAGUUUUGUUUCAGUAGCUUUGUUGAUAAAUUCAGACGUCUGUAAAUCAAAAGACAAAAUGAAAUAUUUCACUUUUGAGAAUUAUUUAACGGCUGGAGGAACUUUUCAUCCACGCAUCUCAAAAGAUGUUCAUCAUAAGUUGAAUCAGUGAAGAGAAUAAUGAAGAGGUUAAUGAGCAGAUGGAGAGAAUCUUCUUCAUAUUUAAUGGCGCUUUACCUGAAAUCUCUGACACGGGUUCACCUCUUUGAAUUAAAGAAAGGUUGAACGUAUAAAGAGACUUCUAGGACCAAAUGAAACAGGAACAUAAAGAUCCUAGGCUUCACACAGGUCUGUUUACCCUCUGAUGAGUUAUUUAAAGCACAAACUGCUUAGACAGCAACGUGUUAAAGCAUUACAAGGUUAUAACAUGCUGUGGACAGCUGGAGCAGAAACCCACAAACACUCAGGACAGAAAUAUUCACCUGAAUGACCCCAGAGUUUCUAAAAUAACUCCCUCAGAGCUGAAUCUGGGACCUCCUUCACCUACAGGGCAGCUAUGCUCUGCAGCCUGUAUAUUGCAGCUGCAAAGCAACACUGUGUUCUGCACUCUGAUAUGGUGUUGGAUGGUUUUGUGUCAAACAUAAAAACAUCCAAGGACUGUGAGGUUUCUAAAAGUUGAGAUGAUUCUGACACUUUUUCAUGCAGAUCUUAAAAAGUGACUGGACCCUUAUGGAGAGUCUGACGAUUUCUCGACUUUUGUUCUGCUGUCUGGUGUUCAAACUGUGAUGGUCUACCUUCAAAAACAAAUACUCUGACUUUAUUAGAAAUACACCUGUGUCAGACAGUCCAAUUCCUGUUCUUAAUGUUUCCUUGCUCUCUCGUUUCACCAUCUCCUGCUGCAGGAUGGAGGAGUCAGACCUGCUGAAAGAGAGGCUGCAGGCCAUCACGGUAAUUCACUGUAACACACAUGAAAACAUGAGGACAUGCAAACACACAAACAUAAGGACACAAGAACACGCAAACCCAAGAACACGCAAACAUGAGAACAUGCAAAUAUGAGGACAUGAAAACAUGAGGACAUGCAAACACACAAACUUUAGGACACGAAACCAUCCAAACAUUACACCAUGAUAACAUGAAAGCAUGAGGACAUGCAAACCUAAUAACACGCAAACAUAAGAACAUGCAAAUAUGAGGACAUGAAAACAUGAGGACAUGAAAACAUGAGGACAUGAAAACAUUAGGACAUGCAAACACACAAACAUGAGGACGCAAGAACAUGCAAACAUAAGACUAUGAUAACAUGAGGACAUGAAAACACACAAACUUUAGGACACGAAACCAUCCAAACAUUAGACCAUGAUAACAUGAAAACAUGAGGAAAUUGAUUCAUGAGGACAUGCAGACACACAAAUAUAAGGACCCAGAAAAUGCAAACGUAACAACACGCAAACAUGAAAACGUGACCAUGAGAACAUGAAAACAUGAGGACAUAUACAUGAGGACAUGCAAACACAAAAACUUAUGGACACAAGAACACGCAAACACAAGAACAUGCAAACAUAAGACCAUGAUAACAUGAGGACAUGAAAACAUACAAACAUAAGGACAUGAAAACAUACAAACAUGAGGACAUGAAAACAUGAGGAUAGGCAAACUUGAAAAUGAGGCCAUGAACUGUAUCUACAAAAGUCUUUUGAAUGAUAAACAGACUAAAGUACUUGCCUUUACUGCAACAGGAGAAACAUCGUAUCCAGGAAGAAAUUCGACAGAAGAAAGUGGAACUGGACCAGGAGAAACUUAAACUGCAGCACCUGAAGGUGGAUUAUCAAAUUCACACCUUUACAUCUUCAGAAAACAUUCAAGUAAAUCUGUGUUUGGUAGAUUAUGUCUUUGUUGUCAUUUUGGCGAAGAAGAUUUGGUAAGUUUUUCAUGAGUGCAACCCAAAUACUCAGCCCAGCUGUUCAUCCCACAUGAGCAUGUUCUUCAUGUUCCAUUCUUUUCAACUGGAUGAGAUUUAUUGCCAAGAAGCAUCAUGACAACAACAACAACAACAACAACAAAAAAACAAUCUGCCAAUCACAAAUUUCCUCACUUUUUAGAGUUAAAGUUUGUCAGUCUUUGUACCAUUUAAUGAUCACACUGUUGAUGUUAUGUUUAGUCACAUUGAGAGGAAAGUGGAUGGUUAGUCACCAUUGAUUAUUGGUAUCAAUAUUCCUUCAUUCAUCUGCUUCUUCAUGAUUGAAGCUUGUUCUCUGUUCCUGACCUCUUCAGAAAAAGUCUUUAAGGGAGCAGUGGCUGCUGCAGGGAGCAACUUCCCACAAUGCAACUGACCCCCCACAGCAACAACAGAGCUCUGUGAGCGAGCAGCGAGAGACAAGAGCUCUGCAGCUCAAGAUCCACAGGUACAUACACUACAUACAGGGGUUGGACAAUGAAACUGAAACACCUGCCAAUUUAGUGCUGGAGGUUUCAUGGCUAAAUUUGACCAGCCCAGAGUGUGAAGGUUCAAUUAGCAUCUGUGACCAAGACAGUAAGUCUUUGUGAUGGAUCAAAACACAGGGUAUCCAGGGUAAUGUCAGCAUACCACCAAGAAGGACAAACCACAUCCAACAGGAGUAAAUGUGGAUGCAAGAGGAAGCUGUUUGAAGGGAUGUCCAGGUGCUAACCCGUAUUGUAUCCAGAAAACAUGAAACCACAGCUGCCAAACUCAGUGCAGAAUUAAAUGUGCACCUCAACUCUCCUGUUUCCACUAAAACUGUCCGUCGGGAGCUCCACAGGGUCAAUAUACACGGCCAGGCUGCUAUAGUCAAACCUUUGGUCACUUGUACCUUUGCCAAACGUUGGUUUCAAUGGUGCCAGCAGUGAAAAUCUUGGGAUGUGGACAAUGUGAAACAUAUAUUGUUCUCUGAUGAGUCCACCUUUACCGUCUUUCUCACAUCCGGGAGAGUUACAGUGUGGAGAGGCCCUAAAGAAGCGUACCACUCAGACUGUUGCAUGCCCAGAGUGAAGCAUGGGGUGGAUCAGUGAUGGUUUGGGCUGCAAUAUCAUGGCAUUCCCUAGGCCCAAUACUUGUACUAGAUGAGUGCGUCACUGCCAAGGAUCUACCCAACCAUUCUGGAGGAUCAUGUGCACCCAAUGGUUCAGACACUGUAUCCUGAAGGCAGUUCCAUGUAUCAUGAUAAUAAUGCACCAAUACACACAGCAAGACUGGUGACAGAGUGGUUUGAUGAACAUGAAAGUGAAGUUGAACAUCUCCCAUGGCCUGCACAGUCACCACAUCUAAUUAUUAUUGAGCCACUUUGGGGUGUUUUGGAGGAGCGAGUCAGGAAACGUUUUCCUCCACCAACAUCAAGUAGUGACCUGGCCACUAUUCUGCAAGAAGAAUGGCUCAAAAUCCCUCUGGCCACUGUGCAGGACUUGUAUCGGUCAUUCCCAAAAGGAGGCCCUACACCAUACUAAUGAAUUAUUGUGAUCUAGAACCAGGCGUUUCAGUUUCAUUGCCCAACCCCUGUACACACACACUGCAGACACACACUUUGUUGUAGCUGUCAGGUCACUGCCUGUCUGUGUCUCCGUCUCUCCAGGAUAGAAAUGGACAUUAUGUCUCUGGAAAGAGAAGAAUCUAUCGUCUCCACCAACGAGCGCUUCAUCCUCAGCAGACUGAAGGCUGUGGAGAAAAGUGCUGAGGACAUUAUCAAGGUUCACACACUCAAACACCCUCACACACGAACACACACACACACACAGGACUGUGUUUGAGUUGGUUGUGUUGCUGUAACUGACUGCUGUCUCUCUUUCAGGAGGCCCAGGACAGCUUUGUUCAGGGUGAGUUUGGAUGAAUUAUUGAUUUUUUGAUCCAAAGGAAAGAUGAAAGAUGUUAAGCGGUGUGUUUUCUGUCCUGCAGAGCCUGUACAGGUCUCCACAGCACCCCCUGAGGUCCCAGAAUGCCCGACUCCAGCAGCCAGCAAACACUCUGAACCUAACUCGCAGAGAAAGAGUGAGAUCACUUUUACAUCAAGCUUUACAGUUUGCAGUGAUUUCUGUUUGAAGUAUAAAUCCUUUACAGGCUCACUUUCAGUCCUGCAGAGUGUCUGUAGAGAGACCCUCACAUUAAAUAUCUGCUCAAAUAAAAAGUAAAAAAGACUGAAGAAUGAGCCUUAAUAUGAAUCCUAACAUGAACUUUGAAAGAUAAUAUAAGAUAAUGACACAAAACCUUUAUUUAUAAAUUCAAAUAGAUUUUUUAUUGCUUGAUCAUCUCAAAAAGAAAGUAAAUGUUGAUAUCACCUGAAUCUCUGAAGCUCCGUCAUCUUCCUGGCCUCCUCCUUUGUGUUUCCAUUCACUGAAACUGCAGCUCAGAAACGGUUGACUUAGAGGGAUGUGUUCAUUUUCUCAGUCAAAGGACAGAAGCUGCUGCAACCUCUGAACAUGAUCCAGCAGACUCAAUUUAACACCCAAACCAAGAUAGUGUGUAAGAUCCCUGUCAAAGUAUACUGACCCAAACAUGUCUGCAUGUCUCAGCUCUGUUCGCCAUGGAGAUCAAUGUCACCAGAAACCUGCUGACUGGAGAGAGUACAGUCGUCUCUACAGCUUCGGUUCCUACUGAGGAGUUACACCAACACAACGGGCUAAAGGUCUUCGACGAUGGCAGGAAGUGUGUGUACGCACUCAGCCCACAGCAGGUACUGUCUUCAGUUUGAACCACAUCCACUGUGUGCGGGAUGGUCAGGGUUGGGGGUUAGGAGAGCUGUUUGUGGGGGGUUAGGGUAAAGGGGGGGUCUGGGAUGGAGUCCUUAUAAAGUGAGAGUCCUUUCCACCCUCAGGAGAUUCUGUCCCACACAAACACCGGCUAAGAAAAUGAUCUUUUGCGUCAUCCUCACAUUCACCUUAUCUUAUCCAUUACCCUGUAUAUUAUGCUUUAGAUCAGUGGUUCUCAAUUCCAGUCCCCAAGGCCCACUGUCCUUCAUGUUUUGGAUGUUUCUGCUCCAACACACCUGAUUCAAAUGAUCAGCUCGUUAUCAAGCUCUGCAAUGGCUUAAUAACGAGCUGAUCAUUUGAAUCAGGUGUGUUGGAGCAGGGAAACAUCCAAAACAUGCAGAACAGUGGGCCUUGAGGACUGGACUUGAGAACCACUGCUUUAGAUCAUCCUUUACAUUGUCUCAUAGAUUACAUUUUCAUGUAGUGUCCUGAAUAUUAUCCUCGGGGUCUUGUGGGGUUAUAGGGUCUUUGCUAGCAGCUGUCCAGCAUGAUCUGAUGUGUUAGGAAGCUCAGCACAGUGUCGUACAGGUUUACAGAGCCUGAUGAUCUCCACCAUAACAAUGGUUUAAUGUGGAGUUAGAUUGAAGGAACAGCAAUAAUGGGCUAAUAAUGGGCACUGUAACUCUCUUAAAGCUGGAAAGUGUUUUUCUCAUGGUGGAUUGAGAUGGAUGAGGGCAGUCCAGACUGAGUGAUCUAAAGAUGUCAGUGUCUGGUCACACUGUAAGAAAAACUUUCAGUGAACAGUCUGAACUCUGGUCUUCUCUCAGAUCUCCUCUGCUGUUACCACUGUUCCAUCACUCCCCGCUUUUCAGAGUGUGACCCCGCUGUUCCUCUGUUUUGCUGUUUCAGGGGUCACAUGAUCCAAGCCAUGUGUCGGAGCUGUCAGCCAAUGAGGUGGAGCAGCUGCUGAGAAGAGCCACAGUGCAUCGCCAAUCAAAAAGCCAAAACAACCGCCAAAACCACAGCAGGGGGGAGGAGCUCUGCUUUUACAAUUGCAAUGACAACAAAGAUGUGAGGGAGGGAUAUGAUCUCCUAAACUUGGCAGGUGACCAUGGUGACCACCUCCUCGGAAACAACGGGAUGGAGAAAGACUUCAGCCGGCAGAGGAAACAAAGUGCUGAGCAUCGCUACAGUCAGCAGGAAAACCAUUACAGAGGACAGGAAGAAAGGAACAACCACAACAACCUGAGGGAUGGUUGUUGCCAUGGAAACAACAAGUCUCUUGGGCAGCACCAUGGCAACCACAAAGAUGUCCACUACAGCUCGUAUGAGGUAAGACACUGUCAUAGUGUCCAUGAAAAUCAACCACCAAGCUGCUACACCAACGGCAUCAUCCGGAGAAACAGCAGAGCCACUGCAGAUAGAGCCAAUCGCUGCCCUCCUCCAAGAUCACAUGACCAGGAAGUAGUGUCUGCAUACCAACCUCAACUCUGCUAUACACCAGCCAAUCAUAUCCCUCUCACUGAUUACAUCAAUGUGGAAGAAGAUGACCUUUACUGUAUGAGUCAAACCUUCAAUCACAAAGGAGACCAGCCCUCGUCAUUAUACCGUGGCUCCGCCCUCUCUGAUCGAGUACCCUCCCCCCUGUACGCAGACAAUGCUCCCUACACCAUCCUCAACACUGUCGACACCACUGAGCCAAUCACAGCCAUCUUCAUGGGCUUCCAGACAGCACAGGAUGACAUUGGGCCGGGCCAGGAGUUUGAAGGCUCUCUGAAGGCGGAGCUAGUGAUCAUCGAGGACAGCGACGAGGACCGUGGCGAGGACUGUCGUAACAGGAAGGAGAAACACUCAGGAAGCGUUAGUCAUCAUGCAGGAAGUUCAACCAAUGGGAAUAUGGGACCGAUGCAGAAGCCAAUGGAACCAGGUAUCAGAAAAAUCCAGAAAAAACACAGACACUGCUGUACUGUCUGCUAACCAGACUAACCGGACUAACAGGACUAACUCCUGCACGCCUAAGUAUCUGACUCACCAACCAGCUGGAUCAAUUUGUAAACUAGUCUCUGACCAGCCUGAGGAACCUUUUAACUACUCCCUAACAAGCCACAUCAGCCUGUUUACUUCCUUUCAACCAGCAGUACUAACUUGUUCAUCUAGUCUGUGAGCAGCUAAAUAAACCAGCUGUUAACUGGUCACCCACCAGCCAGAUCAGAACAUCAACUGGUCCUAGACCAUCAACAUCAGCCUGUAAUCUAGUCCAUCGAAAACGGCAUCAGUUUUUUGACUAGUGGCUAACCGGCAGGAUAAACCUGUUGACUAGUGUUGUAGUACUAGAGAUCGGUCUUGGUCUCAAGACCAUUUUUUGAGGGUCUUGGUGUUGUCUCGGAAUCGAAGGCAUUUUCACUCGGUCUUGUCUCGGUCUUGGUCUUCUCUGGUCUCGGUAAUGUCUUGGUCUUGGUUGGUGCUGUCUUGACUACUAGUCAACUAGUCCCUUAACAGCAGUACUAUCAAUCAGUGAACUAACCCUUACCGGCAGCAUCAGCCUUUUACUAGUCUCUUACCUGAAGCAUCCGUCAAUAAAUCAGUUCUUAACCAGCAGCUUCCAUCCAUGAACCUGUCCGGAACCAGCAGUAUCAUCCUGUUAGCAACUCCUUUACUUACAGCAUCAGCCUGUUAGCUAGUCCUUAACCAGCAAUAUCAACCUAUUAACCUGUCUUCAACCAGCAGCACUAGUAAGGUAAAUAGUCUUUAAUCAGCAGCAUCUUUCCGUUAACCAGUCACUAACCAGCAGCACUUGAAAGCUAACCUGUUCUUAACCAGCAGCUUCCAUCCACGAACCUGUCCCAAACCAGCAGUAUCAUCCUGUUAGCAACUCUUUUACUUACAGCAUCAUUCUGUUAGCUAGUCCUUAACCAGCAAUAUUGGCCUGUUUACCUGUGUUUAACCAGCAGCACUAGUGAGGUAAAUAGUCUUUAACUAGCAGCAUCUUUCUGUUAACCAGUCACUAACCAGCAGCACUUGAAAGCUAACCUGUUCUUAACCUGCAGUACAUGUCAGUUUUACAGAUUCUUAACCAACAGCUCUAGUAGCAUCUGUUAAGUAACCUGUUCUUAACCUUCAAAUUGUGUCAGUUACCAGGUCCUUCAGCAGCAGCACUUUUCAGUGAACCAGUCCUUAACCAGCAGCCUCCAUUAGUUAAGGCUGGUCACAUAUUGGAUGUCUUUUACAUGUUAACAUAUAUUGUAACCCCAGUGGGUUAUUCCACACACACCAGACCUCACAGAAACCCACAUGAUCAAAUGUGAAUUUGGAGGACAAACAUGGUUGUCUAUGGCUGUGGUCAGUAGUAACCACUGAGGGGCGUUGUAACCUGUAAAUCUGAAGCAUGAAUGCUAUUUAUUAUCCAGGUUUAUUAUUAUCCAGGAGGCUCACACUCAUUCAGCAGCAGUAGAAAAGUCUUAUCGACACCACACACCUGAGGGUUAACUAGACACAUUGAAGUUGGGAAAUUGUAACUGUAAAUUGUAAUUGUAAACGUACAUAAAAACAGAAUGCAAUGACUUGCAAAUCCUUUUCAACCUAUAUUGAAUUGAAUACACUACAAAGACAAGAUAUUUAAUGUUCAAAACUCAAACUUAUUUUUUUUUGCAAAUAAUCAUUAACUUUAAAAUUUGAUGGCUGCAACGUGUGACAAAGAAGUUGGGAAAGGUGGCAAAAAAUACUGAGAAAUUUGAGGAAUGCUCAUCAAACACCUAUUUGGAACAUCCCACAGGUGAGCAGGCUCAUUGGGAACAGGUGGGUGCCAUGAUUGGGUAUAAAAGCAACUUCCCCAAAAAUUCUCAGUCACAAGCAAGGAUGGGGCGAGGUUCACCACUUUGUGAAUGACCGCGUGAGCAAAUAGUUGAACAGUUUAAGAACAACGUUUGUCAAAGUACAAUUGCAAGAAAUUUAGGGAUUUCAACAUCUACGGUCCAUAAUAUCAUCAAAAGGUUCAGAGAAUUAACAUUGAAUGCCCGCAACCUUCGAUCCCUCAGGCGGCACUGUAUUAAAAACCGACAUCAAUGUGUAAAGGAUAUCACCACAUUGGCUCAGGAACACUUCAGAAAACCACUGUCAGUAAAUACAGUUCAUCGCUACAUCUGUAAGUGCAAGUUAAAACUCUACUAUGCAAAGUAAAAGCCAUUUAUCAACAACAUCCAGAAACACCGCCGGCUUCUCUAGGCCCGAGCUUAUCUAAGAUGGACUGAUGCAAAGUGGAAAAGUGUUCUGUGGUCUGACGAGUCCACAUUUCAAAUUGUUUUUGUAAAUAGUGGACGUCGUGUCCUCCGGGCCAAAGAGGAAAAGAACCAUCCGGACUGUUAUCGACGCAAAGUUCAAAAGCCAGCAUCCGAUGGUAUGGGGGUGCAUUAGUGCCCAAGGCAUGGGUAACUUACACAUCUGUGAAGGCAUCAUUAAUGCUGAAAGGUACAUACAGGUUUUGGAACAACAUAUGCUGUCAUCCAAGCAACGUCUUUUUCAUGGACGCCCCUGUUUAUUUCAGCAAGACAAUGCCAAGCCACAUUCUGCACGUGUUACAACAGCUUGGCUUCGUAGUAAAGAGUGCGGGUACUCGACUGGCCUGCCUGCAGUCCAGACCUGUCUCCCACUGAAAAUGUGUGGCGUAUUAUAAAGUGUUAAAUAGGACAACGGAGACCCCGGACUGUUGAACAACUGAAGCUGUACAUCAAGCAAGAAUGGGAAAGAAUUCCACCUUCAAAGCUUCAACAAUUAGUCUCCUCAGUUCACAAACGUUUAUUGAGUGUUGUUAAAAGGAAAGGUGAUGUAACACAGUGGUAAACAUGCCCCUGUCCAAAAUACUUUGGCAAGUGUUGCUGCCAUGAACUUCUGAGUUAAUGAUUAUUUGCAAAAAAAUAAAUAAAGUUUACAAGUUUGAGCAUUAAAUAUCUUGUCUUUGUGGUGUAUUCAAUUACGGUUGUUUAUAGGUUGAAAGGGAUUUGCAAAUCAUUGUAUUCUGUUUUUAUUUACGUUUAUCACAAUUUCCCAACUUCAAUGAAAUUGGGUUUUGUAGUUCAAUAAUGGUUUCUGAAGGGUCCCAUAACAGCCCGUUGUGAGGCCAGCCAAACCUGGUGACUAUCAGCUGACAAACCAUGCUCAGGUCCGUGUGAUAGAGUGUAACACACAUUUUAAUGUUCCAGAUCUUCUUAAGAGAAAUCUGACACUGAACAAAUGUCUAAACCUGUCCAGUCUCUGUAACUAAACUCUUUAACUCC